AUGGCGGCUGGAGAGUUCAGCCGCUUGCUGGUUUCGCACUGGCGCGACCUGCGCGAGAAGCUUCGCUCGCAGGACGAGGAGAUCGUCAUCGACGGACGCAGCCUUAGUGUUGCUUCCGUGGUCGCCUGUGCUAGAUACGGACAGGAUGUGGGAAUCAGCGAGGAGACGUCGGAGACGAUACGGAGGCAUACUGAAAAGAAAUAUGGCGAAUUGAUAGAGGGUGAAACGAUGUCAGGCUCGUUCAGACCUUUGAGUUAUGAUGGCGCUUCCCCUAUCCGAGUCUCAGCAAUUGAACACGUACAGCGAGACAUGAUACGUGAUAGCCAUUUCGGUAUUCUAUCCGGCGAGACGGAAAUCGACAUAAUGAAUGCCACUCGCGCAUUCUCAUCGGCGAUUCCGCUACUUGAUCCUAUUGAAAGCACUACCAUGCCCGAAUCGUGGGUAAGGGCUCAAAUGCUGAUUCGAGCGAAUAUGUUGGCGUACCCAAGUGUUGGCGUGCGGCCUCUUCUACUGGACAAGCUUACGCAACUCCUGAAUAUGGAUGUGGUUCCGAGAGUCCCACUGCGAGGAUCAAUAUCUGGCGUCGGAGAUAUGGGACAGCAAUCGUAUGUCGGAAGUGUACUUGCUGGUAAACCUUCUGUACAAGCCUGGAUUGGGGACCGUAUCCAAGGCGGACGUAGAUUGGUCCCUGCUGAUGAAGCCCUGACAUAUGCAGAGAUUGAGCCGGUCGAAGUACGUGCGAAAGAGGGCCUGGCGUUGCUGGUCGGGACAUCCACAUCCGCAGGUGUAAGCUCACUUGCAGUGCACGAAGCGAUCUGCCUUGCCGCAACUGUCCAGGUCCUGACGGCCAUAGCCGCAGAGUCACUGUGUACUGCCGAUAUGUGUUUCCACCCUCUGUUGUCUGAGCUUCGUCCACAUCGAGGACAGUCCGAGUGCGCAACGAACCUGCGAUCUUUUGUUGAAGGAUCGAAGUUGAUCAUCUGGGAUUCAGCCAAAGACGAAUUCAUGGCACGGUCGGACAAAUAUCCCGUCAGAGCUGCUCCACAGUGGAUAGGUCCCUGCCUCGAAGACCUCCAGCUUGCACAUUCGCAGAUCCUGAUAGAAAUCAACUCUGCAACCGAUACACCUUUGAUAGAUCCAUCAGGCAAGAUGAUCCACGGAGCGAACUUCAUGGCGAAGUCAUUAACUUCCGCAAUGGAGAAAAUACGCCAAGGAUGUCAGAGUAUGGGACAGAUUAUGUUCGCGCAAUGCACCGAAAUCAUUAACCCCACAACGAGCAAAGGCCUCGCACCAUACCUUGUGGUCGACGAGCCUAGCCAAUCUGGUCUCUUCAAAGGGACCGAUACCCUGGCUGCCAGUCUACAGAGUGAAUUAGGCUUCUUAGCCAAUCCGGUGGGAUCCAACGUACAAUUCGCAGAGAUGGGUUUCCAGGCUAUAAAUUCCCUCGCUCUUAUCUCAGCCCGAUAUACCCUUACCGCAUUGGACAUCCUCGCGCAACUGGCGGCCUCACAUCUAGUUGCUCUAUGCCAAGCCCUUGAUCUGAGAGCACUGCACAUGCAAUUUCUUUACGCUUUGGCUCCGAAAUUCAAGUUCCUCACGCGUCGAUGCCUCAGUGAGUGUACGGAACCCACCACGCCAUCCAGCGAUGGGCAUGGGGCCGAAAUAGCAUAUGAGCUUUGGAUCACACUGUCCGAACGCAUCAACACGACCACACAUCUCGACUCUCGCCCACGCUUCUCGUCAGCACUCGACUACUUGCAAACCAUCUUCCUUCGCUAUUUGCCGGCGAACACCCGCUCUUUAGAAGCUGUACAGCAGUGGAACGCCGACUGCGUCCAUGAGGCGUGUGCCACUUACGCUGCAGUACGCACACGUUAUCUUGCAAAUCCAGAUGCAACGCCAAUCCUGGGCAAGGCCAGUAAACGAUGUUACAACUUUGUGAGAAGGAAAUUGGAGGUGCCAUUUGUGGGAAACGAAUAUUUCCGUAAUGCUGAGAGGGACGAUGGGACGAGACUGGGUAGCAAAGUGAAAUACAAGACUAUGGGGAGCAUGACCAGUGCGGUCUACGAGAGUAUGAGGAAUGGGGCCUUUUAUGCUGUAGUAGUGGACUGCUUCGAGGACGUCUAA